GUUGAGUUUUCCCAGCUAAUUGGUUAACGAAGGAAGAACUUACUAUAAUUAACUAGGCUGCCAGUUUGUAUCUUAACUACUCCUUUAACCGCUUAGUUAUGGCGGUGGUUUCAUAUAUAUUGUUCUCUACAAGCACUGCAACUACUAGAAAGCCGGAAAUAAUGAAAUUCAUAUACGUAACCAUGUUAGCAAUAUUGCUGUCGCUCGACGUGGCCACAGGAUCUUACUACAGAACCACGACCACAACCACGGAAGAACCCACAACCACAGAAGACCCCACAACCACUCCCGAGCCUACAACUCCUGCCAUGUACUACAGACAGGACACAACCACGGAAGCGGUAGACACUACCACAACCCCUCCAGCAACCACAGCUCCAAUGUACUACAGGCAGGAUACAACCGAGGCGGUAGACACAACCACAACCGCUCCAGCAUCCACAGCACGGCCGUACUACGGAAGAAAGUAGUUGCAACCACUUCCAAGUGGUUUUGUGCUGAUGUACUUCAGCUGAGAAUUAAAUU